CCGUAGUGGGGGGGGGGGCAUCCCGGCGGGGCUAUAAAUGCAGCGGCAUCGCCCCUGCCCUGCUCCCACCCUGCCCUGCCUCCCCCGCGUGGUUUGUUGAGCUGCUGAGUCGCCGGCGUGCCCAUGGCUUGGCCGCUGGAGCAGGCGCUGGCCGUGAUGGUCUCCACCUUCCACAAGUACUCGGGCAAGGAAGGCGACAAGUACAAGCUCAGCAAGCACGAGCUCAAGGAGCUGCUCACCAAGGAGCUGCCCAGCUUCAUCAGUAAACAAACCGAUGAGGCCGGCUUCCAGAAGCUCAUGAGCAACCUGGACAGCAACAAGGACAGCGAGGUGGACUUCCAGGAGUACGUGACCUUCCUGGCCUGCGCGGCCAUGAUGUGCAACGACUUCUUCCAGGGCUACACGGACAAGAUGCCACGGAAGAAGUGAGCGCGGCCGGCUUGCCGCUCGCUGCCUCUCCCUCGCUGCUGUCACCCCCGCACCGUGUCCCUCAAAUGGUUAAAUAAAGCUUGUUUCAAACGAA